UGCCGGGGCUGAGAGAACCCGCGGCCCGAGGAGGAGGAGGAGGCAGGGAAGGAAGGAGGGAAGGAAGGAGGGAAGGAAGGAGGAGCUGUCCCGGGCCCGGCGGAGCGAUGCUGGCGGCAGCAGCGCUGUGCGCGGCCGCGCUGGGCUGCGCGGCGGGGGCGCGGCUGCUCAGCGCAGUGGACAUUUCCCUCAGAAGAGGGCAGACGGUUUGCAGGCGUGGCACGCAGAAACCCUGCUACAAAAUCGUUUAUUUCCACGAUGCCUCCCGCAGAACCAGCUAUGAAGAAGCUCACCUGGCCUGCAGAGCUGAUGGGGGACAUUUAGUCAGCAUCGAGAGCCCAGCAGAGCAGAGACUGAUUGAAUCAUUUAUCAGGAGCCUCCUGGCUUCUGAUGGGGACUUCUGGAUAGGGCUUAGGAGGAGGAAGGAGGAGGAGGACAACAGCACAGAGUGCCACAGCUUCUACUCCUGGUCAGAUGGGAGCUCAUCCAAAUUUCGGAAUUGGUACGUGGACGAGCCGUCGUGCGGGGGCGAGGUGUGCGUGGUGCUCUACCACCAACCCUCCGCCCCACCAGGAGUGGGAGGCCCCUACAUGUUCCAGUGGAACGAUGACAGAUGCAACAUGAAAAACAAUUUCAUCUGCAAAUAUUCCCUGGAGAAGCCAACGAAAGCUCCAGUAGACAAUUCCCGAAGAGCUGUGGCAACAGAGCCCUGGAAGCCAGAAUUCCCAGAGGAACGCUGGAGGAAAGGUGCCAAUGGAACAGCUGUAGGAGCCAAAGAACCUGUUCAGAGCCUUGCCUACAUCCUCAUUUCCAGCAUUCCUGUGCUGCUUCUCCUGGUGGCUGUCGCAGGCAUCUCCUGCUUUUGGCUGCUGGUGAAGAGGAGACAGGAGCUGGUGGAUGUGACCCCGAAGGGUGACGGGGCCUGGCUGCCACAGCCCGGCAGGGACAGCCCCAAGCUGGACAUUUACAGAGUCAUCCACAAGCAAUCCGAGGCUGACCUGGCUGGGGCCAGACCUGGCACGAAGAAUUCCUCCUUCCGUGCCCAGGAGGGGCUGGAGAGCCCCUGCAGGGACCCCGAGGACACCUCCAGCAGUGGCUUGGUGACACUGGCCAGCACAGAGAGUGGCUUUGUCACCAACGACAUCUACGAGCUCUGCGGGGACCGUGUGGGCAGGAGCAAGGAGUCCACCUGGGUGGACAAUGAGAUUUAUGGAUAUUGAGGAAAUGGACCCAAAAAACUCCACUGGAAUUUGGAUUUUGAGUUUAUUUGCCCUCUCUGUGCACUUGUUUAAUAAUGAUAUGUGUGGUGUUUGUCCUGGUUUUGCAUUGUCCCCUUAUUCUUCUAUUUUCUGAAAGAAUAGGGGUUUUUAAAGAUCCCAAACUGAAAGGAAUGUACAGAUUUUGCUUUGCACCAAGCCCCCUUUGUCCCAGGAAUGUCUUGUUAAUACCCUCAAUUCCUUUUUGUACCAAAGAUAUGCCUUGAAACUGAAGGACAAUCCAAAAUCCUUAUUUAUUUAUAGACCUCCUCCUCCUCAAAGGUGCUAAAAGUUACCUGUAAUGUGUGAUGGAGCCCUGCUUCCCUGGAAAUGCUGAACAGUGGGAAGUGGGAAAUUAAUCCCUCGGGUUGCUUUGCUUGUGUGUGCAAUUUUCACCGUGCCUAUAUUAAAUUUCUUUAU